AUGAGCCACAACCACAUGUCGAUGGGCUCUAUGGGCAUGUUGCCCGAGCUCACAGAAUGGCCAAAUUUCUACUACGCAGUAAUAGGGGCAGCAGUAGGCGUCGCAACAAUUUUCAACGUCUACAACUACGUGCUAUACCGCCAAAGAAUGCUUACAAUAAGAGGCGGUUCGCAGACACCCGCAAAGCCGAGGUCAUGGUUCCCUCUUGGAAACGCGACACUCUUCGCAUUAACGCGCGAAGCCUCUAACUUCUCUCUCCACAUACCACUAAAGGGUCGCGUACUCAGAUUACCAACAGUCGGUCGAUCGUCCUUGGUUGCAGCAAACGUAGUAGUCCUAGUCGUCCUAUGUUUGUACGGCUUCGAUGUGACGGACCAGUUCAGUAUGGAAAAUAUUGGCUUCCGUUGCGGUGUGGUUACGAUCGCCCAACUACCUAUCAUCGUCCUACUAGCGGGCAAGAAUAAUGUAAUAGGGUGUCUUAGUGGUGUCAGUUAUGAACGUCUCAAUUGGCUUCACCGGUGGUGCGCUCGAUGUAUGCUUCUCACAGCUACUAUGCACAUGGGGUACUUCUUCAGUGCCUGGGCACCGUACGACUACAUUGGCUACCAACUCAAGAACAACAAGAUUGUGUGGAAAGGCCUUGCCGCCUGGUGCACGCUGGCGUGGAUCGUCUUCAGCUCUAUGACACCCAUUCGUGGCUGGAACUACGAAAUAUUCGUUAUCCAACACAUCGUCUCCUUUGCGGUAUUCCUUGCGUUCGUUUACAUUCAUACCCCUAUCGAGAUGAACGGCUAUGUUUGGGCACCCGUUGCCUUUUUCCUGUUUGACCGUGUCUUCCGCGCGCUCCGACUACUAUACAUCAACACAUCCUUCUUCCAUCCAUCGUUGAAGAAGCGGGGCCAGAUCGAUGGCUUCUGGGUAUGCAAAGCUGAGUUCACACCUCUUCCACACAACACCACACGUAUCGUUGUCACCAAUCCUCCUAUCAGCUGGACCCCUGGCCAGCAUGUAUACCUAUCUUGCCAUUCCCUAGUACCACUCCAAAGUCAUCCAUUCACCGUGGCAUCGAUCCCAGAAGAUGGAAAGAUGGAGUUCUACGUCAAGGCUGAAAAAGGCGGGACAAAACGUUUCUUUCGGCAUGCUGAGAGAUCUGGCAGUCUGGUUGGAGUGACUGCGAAAGCCAGGAACGUGACCAUAGAAGGCCCCUAUGGCACUUUGAGACCACUUCGUCAAUUUGACAGCGUCGUUCUCCUAGCGGGCAGCACUGGUGGAACCUUCACCCUUCCGCUCCUACGCGAUUUACUCCAAGGCUGGAAGGAGAACGCUCGUGAUAGUCCAGACAGCACUUCAUUCUUGAAAGCGCCAACUGGCGCCGUCACACGACACCUUCGCUUCGUAUGGGUCGUCAAGAGUAGAGGCCAACUCAGUUGGUUCUCUAAGCAACUUUCCUCCAUAUAUACCGAGUUCGAAGCGCUGCAAGAAACACUUCGCGAUAUCAAGCUCGAGAUGACGGUGUACAUCACCUGCGACGAAUCCUUCACCGAAGAGCACAUUUCUUUACUCUCGGGUGUGACAGCACCCAACACGAACGCAGCACAGCAGCAGAAGGAGCCCAAGCACGGCGCAGUGCAGUAUAGAUCGCCUCAACAGAUGACAACAGAAAGCAGCACGACAAAGUCAGAGAAGGAGGGUUAUCAAGAAGUCGCAUCUCUCAAUUCUGAAAGCCUCGAUGUCCAACAAACGUCCUGUGGUCCGAACGGCACAUGCUGUUGCCGCGCUGCCAUCGACGAAUCGGAGUCUUCUCCAGCCGGCAAAACCGUAUGUGCCUGCUCGAAACCCAAAGCCAAUGCAUCAUCUCGUCCCACUUCCUUCGUACCUUCUACUCCAUCUUCUCUUGAACCAAGUAAGAAGGUUGUCGUACAUCCUGCGAUAGCGGUAUACUCGGGUCGACCAAGAACACGCGAUAUUAUACGCAGGUCAUUGGAACAGGCGCUGGGAGAGAGUGCAGUGGUGGUGUGUGGGCCGCAGGGCUUAGUGGCGGAUGUGAAGCAAGAUGUCGUUUGCUUGAGCGAUGAAAGGGCAGUGCAUAAAGGAACGGGCGCGCAAGGCAUAUACCUGCAUACCGAGAGCUUUGGAUGGUGA